AUGGAAGAUGCAACGGACGGGGCCGAGUCGCCGCCUCCCGCGGGCACUUCCCAGACCCCUGUCCCUAGGGCUGCAAGUCCACCUCUCCCGCCUCAACAGACUGUGACGCCUGUCGGGCACGUAAACGAGAAGAAGAUCGACCUCAUCGAUCGUCGCCUAGACGGUGUGGUUCGGCUGCUUGAAGAGCUCAGCACGCAGCGGUCCCAGACCUCGCCAGUGCUCACCGUGCCAGCAAAACCGUCGACCACGACCACAGUUGCUUCCUCCAGCCCAUCCAGCCAUGGUGGCUAUAGCAACCAAACCCAGGUCACCGGGACCAUGGUCGAAGGGGAGUCUUCCUUGACGGCUCAGUCGGUCUUCGCCAAUGACCUCCUCCAAAAGGUCGCGAGCAGGGAUUCCCGGCCCGAGAUGCGUGAGAGGAUAGAAGCUCUCCGCCAUAUGGUCGAAACCCUGAAGAAGCAACCGGCGGCACACGAGAUGAAGUACCCGAACGCUAAGACUGUGCGGCCGCCGGCGCUCGAGGGGUGCGAACUGCCCCCUAUGGAGGCCACUCUACAAGUCCUCAAGCUUGCCAGAUCGAACAAACAGCUCGGCGUGGCCUGGUUUUUCCAGCUGUUCGGCAUGGAUCGCUUCCCAGAACUAUGUGUCGCCGUUCACAUGGCUGAGGAAUACAACGCAGCCCAAUUUCUCACCGUGAAUAUUACGCUACAUUUCUUGUUUCGUGCAUACGGCUCCCUGCUUCCGGAAAAGGAGGAGGAAUACUUCCGUUUAUCACGCCUCUGCAGCGUGAACACCGAGACGGCCCUAUCCAACUUGCCUCUGCAUUUGCCAGCAACCGACGAUGUGAUCGUCGCCCUCUCUUUUGGGGCCUACUACGCUAUCGAACUAGCGAAACCGUCUUUAGCUUGGAUCCUGUCAUCAAAAGCAUCUGAGCUGUGCCAGUCUCUUGGUUAUCACCGGAGUGCGACAUUCACCAACGAGUCUCCUGAAGAGGUCCAGUCCAAACAGUUCCUCUUUUGGGGGGUGUACACCAUUGACAAAAGUCUCGCGCUUCGCUUGGGGCGGUCAUCGACGAUACAAGAUUACGAUGUCACUGUGCCUGACCCAGGGGCCGACGCGAGCCCUGGCGCGAGCGAAUAUCCCAUCGCAUGCUUCUUUGGCUUGUGGGUUAUCGCAUCCAGGAUUCACGGCCAGAUCUACGAACUGCUGUAUUGUCCAGAUGCUAUCGCCCAACCAGACCCAAUCCGGAAAUCACGCGCGCAGUUGUUGCUAGAUCAACUAGGGGAGCUUGAUGCUUCGACCCGCGACACGGCGGCAAAAUGGGACCAGUUUUCAAGAGCAACAGCUGGUGAGGACACCACCGACUUUUUCCUCUUGUCAGAUCUCGUUCUCCGGCUGUCGACUCGGACCCUGAUCCACCGAGCCGUACCUAACCCCCCCGGCUCUCCGACAACGUUCACGGAGCCGUGUAUCCAAACGGCAAGGGAGACGCUCCGCUGCCACCAAGAAUGUAUGGCCGUGGUAGACAGGAACGCCGUCGGACUCUUUUCAACGUACAUGAACUGUGUUGCAUCACAAUACCUCGAGUCUCAAGCGGGAGCUGCUAGGGAUGAGCAACAGGCGAGCACAGUAGACAACUGUCUGGCUGCCCUCGGCUUUCCAUCCCAGCCGGGGCCGGGGUUCCAGGAGGCGGCAUACCCGACGGGUAACGCCACCGACGCCAGCGAUCCGGCGUUCCAGAGGGGUGUUAAUCCGAUGAUCUGGAUGGGAAACGGGACUGAGCUCGAAGACUGGUUUUACAACAAUGAGCAGAUGAUGCACAUUCUAGAGGAUGGCUUCCCGGAAGGAGGCGGAUGGGGAACUACCUAG